AAGGUUGAAGUGAGAGGGUACAGUUUAAUUUAGGUUAUAGAUUAGAUCUAUCUUGCCCACCCCUAUAAAUCAUUAAAAUCCUGCGUUAAUCGUAUUUCUGGUACACAUAAUCUCAUAGCCCUAAUUUCAAAACAGCUCCUCCUUCAUUCUUCGCCUCACAUAGCCCUAAUUUCCAAACAGCUCCUCCCUCAUUCCCCUUCUCCCUCUCCCUUUUAUCCUAGAACUCUGCUGUGUCACCGCUGCCCCCAGGAGUAACUGUGCAGGUUGGUUGGGCAAGGGAGGGAAAACACCAAAAUGUUUUUCCACAUAGUACUGGAGAGAAAUAUGCAGUUGCAUCCACGGUACUUUGGUCGUAACCUUCGUGAUAAUCUUGUGGCCAAGCUAAUGAAAGAUGUGGAAGGCACUUGCAGUGGUCGACAUGGAUUCGUGGUAGCAGUUACAGGGAUAGAAAACGUAGGGAAAGGUUUAAUUCGUGACGGAACAGGGUUUGUGACAUUUCCAGUUAAGUACCAAUGUGUUGUCUUCCGACCAUUUAAGGGGGAGAUCUUAGAAGCUGUUGUUACAAUGGUGAACAAGAUGGGAUUUUUUGCUGAAGCUGGACCUGUCCAAAUCUUUGUUUCAAACCAUUUGAUUCCGGAUGAUAUGGAGUUCCAGUCUGGAGACAUGCCAAAUUACACUACUUCAGAUGGAUCAGUUAAGAUUCAAAAAGAUAGUGAAGUGAGACUAAAGAUAAUUGGGACUCGAGUGGAUGCUACUGAAAUUUUCUGCAUAGGUACCAUAAAAGAUGAUUUCUUGGGUGUGAUCAAUGACCCUGCAACAGUUUAAUGCCCCUUUAUGUAUUCUUCUAUCGUAUAUUAUUUGCAAGGCAUGGAUUGUUACACCUGAAAUCCUCAGAUAAUAUGUCGUUGUACUUGGAUUGUGGAAAGCACCAAGUCGUUGAAUUAAUUGUUGUAUCAUUGUCUCUCUUUUUUGUCAAUAUCAAAUUCUCGUAUUAAUUAAAUAGAACUGAGCUCAGUGUUGCAUCAGUCAGGAAACCUUGGUAUUGCACUCAAAAUUAGUUUGGCAAUCCAGAAAUGGAUGUAGGAUUAUUGAGACUGGACACCAGAUUUUCGAUAUAGGUUGUAUAUACUUUUAAUAAAUGGGUAUAACCCCUUUGUCUAACAGAAUAUAUUGUUAC